AUGCCUCCACGGCCGGUGCCCACACAUUUCCUGUGCUUGCCGCUCGUUACGGGAACGUCCCGCCUUCAGCUCUCAACCAGUCUAUCCACCUUUAGCACUGAUGUGACUAGCCCAGACAGCUUCGCCAUACCGGAGCAAGCUGUCCGGCCGCUCGGUACGCUUCAUUUGACGAUUGGCGUUAUGAGCUUCCCGAAAGACGAAGGGCUGGAGAAGGCCGUAGAGCUGCUGAAGACGUUAGUGCCCAGCAGGAUUUUAGGGAGCGUUAGAGAAGCCGCCGCUACCAUAUUACAGGCCGACGCCUCGGCCGACCCGGCGGUUACAAAACCUACUCGAGAGCCAGGCGACGAGGGAGCCCGGCCGCCGCCCUUGUUGCCGGUGACAUUAAAGGGCCUACACUCGAUGCAGCCGUCGGCGUCUAAGGCGUCGGUGCUCUACGCGCCGCCGGUCGACACCGAUGGAACUUUGCGGCGCUUCUGCGAGCACUUGCGGUCCGUCUUCCAGGAGGCCGGGCUGAUGACGGCGGAGGAGCGGCCGCUGCUCCUGCACGCCACCAUCGUCAACACGAUAUACGUCAAGGGGCGGGACCGGAAGGGCAAGGGCAAAGGCAAGGGGCGCGACAAGUCGACCAUCGACGCGCGGGGGAUCCUCGACCGCUACGACGACUUCGUCUGGGUGGAGGACGCCCCCCUCGACAAGAUCGCCAUCUGCAGGAUGGGCGCGAAGAAGCAGGACGACGGCGACGAAGCCCCGCCGGACAAGCGACGUGGCAAUUCGCAUGCCGUCCGCGCUUCGGGCUCCUCGCGAAGCACCAGCAUAAUCUCCGUCCCACCCCGCGCCCAGCUGACGGGCGCCGUCUCUUCGUCCCCCUCGCCCGGCUCGGAUCAUAACGGCACGCACGAUGCUACAACUUUGGGGGGCAAGGACGGCGGCACGUCCCUGGCCGCGAAGGAGAAGGAGAGCGCCUUGCUUCGGGAGAGGGACGACAGGAUUGCGGAGCUCGAGCGGGAGCUCGCUACCAUGGAGGUCGAAUUCUCUCGGGAAUUAGAUAGACUCUCCCAGAAGAGCCAGCCAUUCUUGCGAGCCGACACGGAACUGCGGUUACUGCGCGCAGAAGUCGAGGUCAAGGAAGCCGAACGAGCCGAGCUGCGCGAAGGCCAGGCCGCUUUGCAGAGAGAGCUGAGGGAGCGCGACGAAGAAAUACGCUCCCUCAGGGGCCACAUCGCCGGGCUCAAGCAAUGGGUUAGCACGAGCACUACUAGGGGGGACCAGGCGAGCGAUGAAGAGUUUGGGGACGCGAUGGCAAAGCUCGGAAACGGCCUGCAAAAUUGGGUUAUCAUGCACUUCCGACGGGCUAAGCUUAAUUUCGCCCGAGCAGACGAAGCAAUCACCCAGGAGCUCGACGAGCUCGUGCCUAUGUACGAGAAGCUUGCGGCGCCGGCCAAGGUGCAUCUCCUGCAGAGUGUAGUAUCCAGCAUCUUAGUCGAGGCUAUCUUUAAUGCCUACUUUGUCGGCCUUGCCAAAGAUGAAGCCGACCGCCUAGCUCGGGUAGAGCGGGAUCUUGCGUCUCUCACCUCCGCAGAAUCGGUGAACCAAUGGCGCGCGAUGACGCUCACGAUGCUUCGAAAGGAGGCCACGUCGAGGAUGCGGGCGGAAACGGCGCUAACGACCGAAUCCGUAAUCACGAAAGUCAACCGCAUAUUUGACGCCAUCACAGAUGCUAACACGACAGAUGCCCGAGAUCAAGCGCUCCGUACGCUGGUAAAUAGCUCUGUCGAAUUGGCACGCUUGCUGGUAGUGCAGAAGGCCACAUUCAAGGUCCACAUGCCUAGAAUUCUAGCCCACCAGAUGAUCCUAUUCGAACCGUCUACCAUGGAGGAUAUCGGAGCAGAAGACGAAGAGAGCCUGACAGACCGCGAGAUAUGCUGUGUCGCAUUUCCCGGCCUUAUCAAAAUUGGCGACGAGAAUGGCAGCCAUCCGCAGUUCACGAAUGUCGUAGCGAAAGCUAGGGUGCUUUGCGAGCCCAAAUGA